AUGCAGGGUGCAACAGAGGAUCAAGAAUUUAUCCUGAGGGAGUCACUUCCGAAGGGAAGAUAUUUUCAGGAAAAUAACAUCAGUGGGCCCACUGAAUCUAAAUAUCUUUGUGAAACUGAAGAUUUUGUGUCAUCUGGAGUCCACCAGGACCCAAAAUAUCAGUUUGUAGACGAUGCAGACAAACUAAAGAGUGCCAAGCAGAAACAUCUCAACCAAGCGCAUGGUAGCCCACUGACGAGGUAUAGAACCAGUGAUGACGUUACGACUGAGACAUGA